AUGCCAAAGCUGCUUCUUGCGAGGCGGUCGGCCAAAGCCCGAAACCGCUCACCUGAGCACCUUCACUUGGACAGACGGCAGUUGGGCCGCUGCCCUGUCUUGGAGGAGGAGGAGCGGCUACGAUUGCUGAGCUUUGAUGGCACGAGUGGUGGAUGCAUUGAGCACCUUGAUAACUUGCCCAAUCUCACCUUCCUAGACCUGUACGACAACAAGAUCCAGGUCAUGGAAAACUUAGAGAAGUGCAGAAACUUGCGCGUCCUCAUGCUGGGCAAGAACCAAAUUCAGCGCAUUGACAACUUAAAGACUCUUGAGAAGUUGGAUGUUUUGGACCUGCACAGCAACAGGAUCAAGGAAAUUCAGAACGUGUCGCAUUUGAAGCAUCUUCGCGUCCUGAACCUUGCUGGCAAUUUUCUCCCAAGCAUCCUCAGCUUGGACGGCUUGGUGGCGCUCACCGAACUGAACAUACGGCGCAAUGUGAUUUCGACAACUGCGGGACUUGACCAGGUGCCGCAGCUUCAACGACUCUUUGCAUCGCACAACAACAUCGUCCUGCACGAGGACCUGCGGUGGUUGGGUGCAGCCACUAACCUCAGAGAGCUGGCCUUGGAUGGAAAUCCAAUUUCCGACAAGACACAGGCCUAUCAUGUCCACGUGCUGUCCCUGUGCCCAAAUCUGGAAAUGCUGGAUAACCUCAAAUUGGAGGCGCGCAGAUGCAUUCGGGCGACAAAGCUUUCGCAGGGAACAGGGCCCGAGGUCUCGGAGGUCGCAGAGCUCACGGCUUCAGCGCCACCGGCAGAACCCGCAGAGGAGCCGCAGGCACCGGAGCCGAGUCGGGAUGCCGACAUGCAGGCUUCCGUCAGCCCCGGCCCUGACGAGCAGGAAGCCGACCGCGACCCGGAGCCGCCCGUUGGCAUCCGCA